AGUUCUAACGAUAAGUAACGCGCGUCAGCGGGCCGCGACGCGCGUGCGCGGUGCGCGCGUGAAUGAGGCGUACGCCCGCAGCGCCCGCGCCGCUCUCCACACUUCAGUGUCCGCUUGUGAUUCGAGUCAGUCUGUCGUGUUUUGUGUUUAGUCACGUCAGUUUAUCUCCGUUCCCGCUCGUCGCUGGCGGUCGUUCUGCUAUCCACGUAAGAUGCUCGCGUCCAGCGCAGUGAAUACCGUUUGUGAUAAAGUUUUUCAAAGUGUUUAAAGUGGAUUCCGGACUCUACCAGGCCGUGGAGCACACGCAGCGGCUCGAGCGCUCCCAGGCCAUGUAUGUCAUAAAUUUAGAGAUGGCCCGCGAGAGUGCCAGCGGUGCGGAGGGCUCGCCCCACCACACGCCCUCGCCGCCACACGCGCCGCGCCUACCCGCAGAAACCAGUUUCCACCAUCAGAUCAUGCAGAAUCAGAGCCCGAGAAAGAACCAUAUAGCGGAGAGAGCGAAACAAACUUUAGAAAAUAAUUUCCUGUUGCAACUAAAGAAGCAGCAACAGUUGCAGCAAGAGAUCCUGCUGCAGCAUUUCCAGCAACAGCAACAGCAACUUGCCGAGCAGCAUGAACAGCAAAUCAGGCAUCAUUUAAAGUUAUGGGAGCAACAGAAAGCGAUGGAGGAGGCGGCGCUGCGAGAGGCGCGUGAGGCGCGAGAGGCGCGCGAGGCGCGGGAGGCGCGGGAGGCGCGCGAGCGGCACGAGCGCGACCGCGUCGAGCUGCUGCGCAAGAAGGACAAGCACGAGCACAGCGCCAACGCCUCCUCGCAGGUCAAGCAGAAGCUGCAGGAAUUCCUCAAGAAGAAACAAGCCGCAGCAAAUGCAAAUGGAACCAUACCACCUUCUUCACCCUACAGAAAUUGGGGUAUAGUGAAAUCGUCAUCAGGUGAAUCGAUAACGUCCACGGGGGCGACCGCCACCGCACACCCCUACAGACUGGCGGCGCCCUUGCCCUUGACGCUCAACGCCGCGCCCCCGCAGCCCUCCCCCGCGGACUUCCCUCUCAGGAAGACCGCGUCGGAGCCCAACAUGCUGAAGCUGCGGCUCAAGGCGCGCGUCGGCGAGCGCCGCGCCUCGCCGCUCGCGCGCCGCCCGCUCAAGACGCGCGCCAAGCUCCGCAACUGCGACGGCUCGUCCCCGCGCGGCUCGCCGCCCGGCGCGCCGGCGCCGCCCAUCCGCGAGGAGGAGGAGGGCGCGCGGCCGCCCGAGCUGCUGUUCUCGUCGCCCUCGCUGCCCAACAUCUCGCUGGGCCGGCCGCACGCGCCCGCGCCGCUGCCGCCCGUGUGCGAGGCCGAGCCCUACUGCGGCGCCGCGGCGCUGGGCGCGCGCCUGGCCAAGCGCCCGCUGGGCCGCACGCACUCGGCGCCGCUGCCGCUGGGCGACCCCGCGCUGCAGCCGCCCUCCGCGCACCACUACCUGCGCGACCAGAUCCGCAAGACGGUGCUGACGCGCGCGCACGACGCGGCCGCCGCCCAGCUGCGCGAGGAGGAGGGCGAGGUGAUCGACCUGACGGCCCGGCGCGCCGCGCCCGAGAGCGCGCCGCCCGCGGAGCCCCCGGGGGCCGUGCCCCUGGCGCGCGCGCUCAGCUCCCCCCUGGUGGGCGCCCGCGCCCCCGCCACCGGCCUCGCCUACGACGCGCUCAUGCUCAAACACGGGUGCGCGUGCGGCGCGCACGCGCCCACGCACCCGGAGCACGGCGGGCGGCUGCAGUCGGUGUGGGCGCGGCUGUGCGAGACGGGGCUGGCGGCGCGCACGGAGCGCACGCGCGCGCGCAAGGCCACGCUGGAGGAGCUGCAGGCCGUGCACUCGGAGGCGCACGUGGCGGCGUGGGCGGGGCGCGCGGGCGCGGCGGGCGGCAAGGCGGGCGCCGAGGGCCGCGCCGUGCGCCUCGUGCGCCUGGCGUGCGGCGGGCUGGGCGUGGACGCCGACACGGCCUUCAGCGACGCGCACACGCCGCCCGCCGCGCGCCUGGCGGCCGGCGCGCUGCUGGACCUGGCCGUGCGCACGGCGCGCGGCGAGCUCCGGAACGGGUUCGCGAUAGUCCGGCCGCCGGGCCACCACGCGGAGCCCAAUCAAGCGAUGGGCUUCUGCUUCUUCAACAAUGUGGCCAUCGCGGCGCGAAUCCUCCACACGCGCCUCGGUCUACAGAGGAUACUCAUCGUAGACUGGGACGUGCACCACGGCAACGGCACGCAGCAGAUCUUCUACGAGGACCCGCACGUGCUGUACAUCAGCCUGCACCGCCACGACGACGGCAACUUCUUCCCGGGCACCGGCGCCGCCUCCGAGUGCGGCGCGGGCGCCGGGCUCGGCUACACCGUCAACAUCGCCUGGCCCGGCCACCCGCCGCUGGCCGACGCCGAGUACCUGGCCGCCUUCCGCUCCAUCGUCAUGCCCAUCGCUAAGGAAUACGACCCCGAGAUCGUGCUGGUGUCGUGCGGGUUCGACGCGGCGGGCGGGCACCCCGCGCCCAUGGGCGGCUACAACGUGUCCGCCGCCUGCUUCGCGCACAUGACGCGCGACCUCAUGUCCCUCGCCAACGGCAAGGUGGUGCUGUCGCUGGAGGGCGGCUACGACCUGGCGGCCAUGUGCGACUGCGCGCAGGAGUGCGUGCGCGCGCUGCUGGGCGACCGCCUGGCCGCGCCGCCGCUGAGCGAGCUGGCGCGCGCGCCCGCGCCGCACGCGCUGCGGGCGCUGCGGGCCGCCGCCGCCGCGCAGGCGCCGCACUGGCCGCAGGUGAAGCGCAGCAUGGCGCUGGCCGGCGCGGCGGCGCUGGAGGCGGGCGCGGCGCGGCCGGGCUGCCCGCAGAGCGAGCGCGACGCGGCCGACACGGCGGCGGCCAUGGCCUCGCUGUCCGUGCAGCCGCCGCAGGCGCGCCCGCUGGCGCUCAGCCGCUCGGGCAGCGCGCGCUCGGUGGCCGAGGAGCCCAUGGAGCAGGACGAGGGCAAGUGAGCGCGCCGGGCUCGGCCGCCGGAGCCAUCGAGACAAGUCUUAAUUUGAAAGCUUUAAACGUAGGGAAGUCGGAAGUGUACAAAGUGAUGUUAAUAUAUAGUUGGAUACGCUCUCGGGUGUGACCGCGACGGCUAGCUUUCACGCCGGCGCGUCCGAUGCCGCUCUACUCUGUCGGUAGAAUGUUUCGACAUUCCGUCGUACCUUCGUGUCGUCGUCUCUGUCUAUACCAAAGACUUCAGAUUUGAAAACCUUUAGAGGUGUAACUCUGUCGUAGUCGUCGAAUGAGCGUCCUCGUGGAGACUCGCUCCGUGAGUGUAAAUUCUUUCGAAUGAAACGUUGUGUCCCUGUAUCGUUGCGAUUUUAUAGCAGAGUCUAUAAAAGAUAGUAUUUAUUAGCCCAGUAAAUAUUGUUAUUUUUGUAUAAAGAGAGUUUACGUCCGGCCCGUUCGGUCGGAAUGUGUAUGUGAGUGGUGAUUCGAGUUCGUCGCGACGACGCCGUCUCGUCCGGCCGAACGUGAUAUUUUAAUGAAUAUUGUCUAUAGUUGAAUUAUGAUUCGAUGAAAAAAUAAUCGAUGUUGUGUCACGUAUUCGUUCCUUAAGAUCGUAGUUCUCUGGAUAUUAUGCAGUCGAACCGUCGUCGUUCGACUCGUCGUAGUCUCGGUCCGUAGCGACGGGGUGCUGCCGACACUCGUCGAGGUGUAAUUACAAUUUGUAUGUAACUAAUUAUCUUCUCCAGAUAGUGUAUUUUGUAACCGUAAAUGUUAAACGUCACAGAUAAUGAAUAUUGUAACGCGUGCGGUGUCGCCGGACGCGAACGUGCCCUUAAAGUGAAACGCGAUUGAGCUAAAUAUUUAACUAUCAAAAGAGUCCUAUUUAUCUACCGGCAUAAGUUACUCGUUAAGAUAAUUUGUGUAGUGCGAUUGCAAGUUCAUCACAAUUACGUUUCGUAAGGGCUUUCCAAUAGCGGCGGGUGGAGAUGAUAUAUUUUUGUAAAGGCUGUCCACCGCCGCGCCGGCCGCCGCGCCCGCAGCGUUAGUCACUAAGUGUCAUGUCAGAGUAGGAGGGGGGGGGGGGGGGGGGGCGGCGCGGCGCCAUCGUACAUCGAGGGAUGCGAUCCUUGUACGCUAAACAGAUUUAAACAAUGUUGUAUCUUUGAGAGUUUUAUUGUUAAAUUGGAAUACAGAUGAAAUAAUUAUUUAAUAAAUGUAUAUAAUAUUAUAUAUAUUUGGAAAUA